AUGAGAGAAGGAGAAAUGUGUUAUGAGAAGAAGUCGGGACAACUUUUUGAAGAGUCCCCAAGGAGUCCAGUGAAGGUCUCUAAUCCACCAAGAAGUCCAGUGAAGAUCUCCAAUCCCAAGAACAGUGAAGGCCUCCAAUCCACCAGUGAAGGCCUCCAAUCCACCAAGAAGUCCAGUGAAGAUCUCCAAUCCACCAAGAAGUCCAGUGAAGGCCUCCAAUCCACAAAGAAGUCCAGUGAAGGUCUCCAAUUCAACAAUAGUAGGAAAGAGAAGAUGGAGAGUUCCCAAGAGUCCACCAGUGUGGGUGAUAGUCCAAUCUGUGUCUACUGUCCUCACACUCAGCAAGUCAUUGAAGCAACCAUAGGCUGUCAUCCUGAAGAUGGUGAUCGCAAUGUUCAUAUUUCAGGAGGAGCAUUAGGACCUGCUAUCGGAAGUUUACCUGACCUUGAUAAUCUUACUCUUGCCUAUAUGCCUGUACAUCCUGACGACAUUGUCCUUCUCAUGUCAGAUGGCAUAUCAGAUAACCUCUCACCUCGUUAUGUUCAAUCUUUCGAAAGCAAUGAUCCCAGACACAGCCAAAGCAGCAAUCCAGAAAAUUGUAUUGAACAAGGUAUAGAUAUUAAAAGAAAAUCAAAAGGAGAUCCAGAGUUUGCAGCAUUUGUAAAACAAAUGCCAGGAAAACUGGAUCAUGCAACUAUUGUCACCUACAAAGUUGGUCGACAUUAA